AUGGGGGCCUGCGUCCUCCUGGGCGACACCAACAUCUCCUCUGGCCUCGAGAGCAACAGCACAGAUGUCACCGCCUUCUCCAUGCCCGGCUGGCAGCUGGCUCUGUGGGCCACAGCCUACCUGGCCCUGGUGCUGGUGGCCGUGACGGGCAACGCCACGGUCAUCUGGAUCAUCCUGGCGCAUCAGAGGAUGCGCACGGUCACCAACUACUUCAUCGUCAACCUGGCCCUGGCUGACCUGUGCAUGGCCACCUUCAAUGCCACCUUCAACUUCGUCUAUGCCAGCCACAACAUCUGGUACUUCGGCCGUGUCUUCUGCUACUUUCAGAACCUCUUCCCCAUCACGGUCACGUUUGUCAGCAUCUACUCCAUGACAGCCAUCGCCGCUGACAGGUACAUGGCCAUCGUCCAUCCCUUUCAGCCACGGCUCUCCGCCCCCAGCACCAAGGCAGUUAUCGCGGGCAUCUGGCUGGUGGCCCUGGCCCUCGCCUUCCCCCAGUGCUUCUAUUCCACCAUCACCGUGGACCAGGGCGCCACCAAGUGCGUGGUGGCCUGGCCUGAAGACAGCAGGGACAAGUCACUCCUCCAGUACCACCUAGUGGUGAUCGCCCUCAUCUACCUCCUGCCCCUCCUGGUGAUGUUCAUUGCCUACAGCAUCAUUGGCCUCACACUCUGGAGGCGCGCUGUCCCACGACACCAGGUCCACGGUGCCAACCUGCGCCACCUGCAGGCCAAGAAGAAGUUUGUGAAGACCAUGGUGCUGGUGGUGGUGACAUUUGCCAUCUGCUGGCUGCCCUACCACCUCUACUUCAUCCUGGGCAACUUCCGGGAGGACAUCUACUGCCAUAAGUUCAUCCAGCAGGUGUACCUGGCGCUCUUCUGGCUGGCCAUGAGCUCCACCAUGUACAACCCCAUCAUCUACUGCAGCCUCAACCACAGGUUCCGCUCGGGAUUCCGCCUUGCUUUCCGGUGCUGCCCGUGGGUCACUCCAACCGAGGAAGAUAAACUAGAGCUGACUCCCACUCCAUCCCUUUCCAUGAGGGUCAAGAGGUGUCACACGAAAGAGAUUUUGCUCAUGGCCGGGGAUGUGGCCCCUUCUGAAGUUCCUAGAGGGAAGGCUGGGUGGAGGUCCCCAAGAGGGGAAGCCUGCUGAACUCUGAAGCCUCGUGCCUGGAUCCAGGGCCAGGUGUCACCCCCUUGGACAAUUGUCAUGUGGGGAUGUGAUGGGAGCCCGCUGUGGGUAUAUCUUUCAAGAAAAGCUGGAAAUCCAAAUUUGCAUGUGAAACUUCUAGACCUGUUCAAUGUGGCUCACCCAAGUGUUUAUAAACGUUGGGUAAGGAAACAAAACUCAUCUGGGGCAGCACAUGACCAUGACCCUGAUUUGUUACGAGGCCCACGACACAGGGAAGAAGUCUUCUUAUUUUUGCAAAGCCAUGAGCUGUAAGUGGACCCAGGGCUGGCUUCUGUCUCAAAAUCAAAAUAACUCAAGAUACAGCCCAGAGUAGAGGGUGGUUAAAUCCAAUGGGAUCUCCGCUGAGUUGCUUUGGGCAAGUCACUCUGACCCUCAGCCUCUUCCUCUGCCCAGUGGCAAAAUCACAGGCCGGGAAAAGUCACAGAAUCAGUGCCAGGUUGAAAGGCAGCCCUGGUUCUUAUCAUUCCCACACCAGCCGCUUCACAUGAGCGCCACCUACAGGUCAGCCCCCACCAUCGCUCUGC